GUGUGUCUGAGUCCUGCCCUGCGUAGCCCACAUGGGCCUGCCCUCCUUAGUGUGCCUGCUAUGUGAAACGCUUGUCAUGGCAAUUGGUGCCCCCCCCCCCCCCGGCUGAGCCCCAGCUUGUCCCCUCAUGGGAUUUCCCCCACUUUCACUUUCAGACUUGGGGGCUAAACUGAUUGCCACCAUUGCGCUGUUGAUUGCUGGCUCAGCAUAGCCCAAGUGAGCUCAGCAGUUAGCUGAGCAAUGGACUGACUUGUAAACACAUUUAUCAGUUCAGACUUGUGUCAUUCACCGCACCGUUGCACAGCGAUUGCACGAUGACAUGGACCCCUGCCUCGUGUUGUGCAGCUGCUACUGACCCACAGGCUUGCGUGCUGCAACCCGCUCUCUGGGCCCCAGAGUCCCUGCCAGCCUCCCAUGGCCUGGCACCAGGGUGCAGGGGCACCCUCCUUCCCCCUGAGGCUGGGCCCUGUGCCCCCUCUGCACCCUCCCUGCCAUGGGGGGUCCUGGGGGGCCGGGUCGUGGGCAGCAGCAGGCAGGAGGGGCUCGAUCAGGACCGUGGGCUCAUGGCGGGGCUGGGAGGUGCGAGGACUGGAGGGCAGUGAGGUGCAGGAGGUGUGUGUCUGUCUGUCCAUGUGUGUCUCCCCACAGGCACGGGCAGCUCGGCCACGGGACCCUGGAGUCAGAGCUGCAGCCGCGGCUGGUGGAGGCGUUGGCCGGUGUGCCGAUGCAGGCGGUGGCGGCUGGCGGGUGGCAUUCGGCCAGCAUUAGCGAGACAGGAGACCUCUACAUGUGGGGCUGGAACGAGUCCGGCCAGCUGGCUCUGCCCUCCAAAGCACUGGUGGAAGAGCAGGCACAGGACCAUGACCCCGGAGCAGGGCCCGGUCGUUCCCGGGAGCUGAGGGUCCGUUCUUCCCCAGGGGCCGCUGAGCUGAUGCCCCACCAGGAGCAGCUGGCUGCUGAGGACACCGCAUUCAUUUCCAUCCAGGCGUUCCCAGCAUUGCUGGAUCUGCCACAGGACCUGGAGGUCAGCAAGGUCAGCUGUGGGUCCCGGCACACAGCCAUCAUCACACGAGGUGGCGAGCUCUACACCUGGGGCUGGGGUAAAUACGGGCAGUUGGGACACAAGGACAAUGCCAGCUCUGACCAGCCACGCCGUGUUGAGUACCUGGUGGCCGAGGGGUUACGGGCAGAGGAGGUGGUGUGUGGGCCCUGGACCACCUACAUCUGUGUGCUGGAGCCAUGAGGGCCCCAAAGCCCCUUGCUGUCCCCCAGCUGUCUGCAGUGAGGAAGACACAGGCAAGCUCUGCUCCUGCGUGCCUGCUGCUAGGACCAGCCCCAGCACCACUCUGCCCUCAGAGAUGGGGCAGGCGAUGCCCCAAGACAGGAUCUGGCCAGGUUUAGCCCACAGGGAACUGAACUCACACACUGGAACUGGACUGGCACCUGACCCUGCCCAGGCUGCAGCUGCACAAAAGUGCUGAAGACAACCAAGGGAAAGGCUGAACAUAUUUAUUACAUCUACUUUUCAUUACUCUACAUUACAUCUACUUUACUACUCAUUACUCUACAUUUACUUUACUACUUUCAUUACAUCUACAUUACUACCACACUAAUGGCUGUGGUGGUGCUUCCUGUUGCAUACAAAAGACUGUCCCGGUCCCAACCCCAGCUAAAAGCUAUGCCCAACCCUCCCCAGCUGCAAGGCCACAGCGGGGGAGCCUUCGGUCACCCCAUGGAUACACAAACAGCAGCAGCUAUAUAAACAUAUACAUAUUAUUCCAUUGAACAGUAUAUACAGAGUUACAGAACAAGGGCACAGAACCUGGAGAAUAAAUAACAGCAAGUGGGGGACUGUAGUGAUAACAAGGUGCAAACUAGUCACGAUCAGGGACAGACGCAUACAUACAGAGCUUUAACAAAAGUGCAAACAGGCCCCCCCAAGCUGUGCCCAGGGCUGUGUCAUACUGCCAAAGCACUCGGCUUGCUGUCCUCUGCUAGAUCGAAGUGCGAGGGAGGGCAGAGGGCAGCACUGGACGGUGCAGAGCAGGUCCUGGGGUAGGACAAGCUGGUCUCCUUCCCAAGAGCAGGGAAGAAGGCCUUGUCCCACUGUAGCUCACUUCCUUGCUAGUAAUGUGUGCUCAGGCACUUGCUGCCACAGGCUCUGCCUCUCCACUGCUCAGGGAGGGGGCAGAGGGAGCAGCAGGAUACAAGGGGUCAAGCAAAGUCUGCUAAUGGAACCUGAGCUAAAGCAAGCCCCCACUAAAACAAGCCUGCUGUGAUGUUGAGAAAGGAAGAUGCUUAUGGACAAUAGCUACAGCAAUAUGGAGGGUAAAAAAGCCUCUGACGAAAGGCACCAAAGCCAUAGGUCCUGUCUGUCCCAGAGCAUGCUCAGCAAGGCAGAGCCCCUGUGACUGAGCACCAAUGCUCACCCCAGCCAGCCAGGCUGCAGCAGGAGCCAGCACCCAUCACUGCGCUACCCUAACACAAUCUUUAAUCAUAAACAAUUGCAAGAAUUCCCUAAAUAAAAGCAAGUUUUAAAAAGUGUACUUUUCACACCCUACCCCAUUAGGCAGAA